GAGUGUCUACUGAGCUGGCAUGUCACAGGGAGCAUCAGGAAAGGUCAUCCCUGAUGGGCGACCCUGACCGCCGUAAGGAAAGCCUGGAAGCGAAUCCAGUGCUGCAGCAGACGCCCACGAGACGUCUCCACCGUGAGGCGUGCCAAGAAUGUCCCCACAUUUCAUCUUGGGAGGAGGAAGGAGCAAGAAAGCAGAGACAUUGGACAUUUUGCAGAGAUUGAAGCAGCAGCACCUGCGCUGUCCUCAGGAGAAGUUCAGAGGAGUGGAAGGCGGGUGGGUGGUAGCGGUAAUUGGCGGUAAGCAUAAGCCACCGAGAUCAUGGGCAGGGGCUGCAGGGCCAGACAGCGGUACGUACCUGCAGCAUCAGUCCCGUCCCCGUCCCCGGUCCCCUUUCCUCCCCCUUUCUCUCUCCCUAACCGUGGACCGCUGUACCCACCUCGUCUGCGUGUGGGCGCCCGCGCGACACCUGUGACUGGAGAAAUGAUCCGCACCGCCGUGACCAG